CCAGUCAGCAAUCCCGGGCACCGCACGCGCGUCGUAUAAAUUAAAUCAGCGCUGGGGAGGAAUUGUUUAUUGAACUUUUAUCGCUCGAUAAGCGCAGGACCCGGGUCAUAUUUCGGUUGCCGAAAGAAAACAGGAGAAAAAAAAGCUAGACUAAAACUUUCGAAGUGCAUAUUAUUACGAGAAGUUUUAAGUAAAACUUUAUCCGACAAUACGUGUAAAAGUUUUGGAAAUAAAACAAACAAUGCGUUAAUCAAGUGCCGUCAAUCCACCCUUCGAGUGUGGGGGUCGUAAAGUGUGAAUCAAAUUUCCCGGCGAGUGUUACGCGUUGUUGGUGGAUGUGGUUCAGGAAUAACUUUCGCCAAACAGUCUGACUGACGAUUGUCGACGACUGCGGCGGUAGCAGCAGCAGAGCCUCACUUGGAUAGAAUUCGGGUCAUGAACAGACCGGCAACGGAAUGGAGUUUUUACAGUAUCUAGGCGACAUGUCACACAAUCCCUACAACACAUCGGACAUGCCGAUGCCCUCGGCAAAGGAGCAAACACUGAUGUGGCAGCAAAACUCCUACAUGAGUGAUUCCGGCAUCCAUUCGGGUGCGGUCACACAGGUGCCCUCGCUGAGCGGCAAAGACGACGAGAUGGAAGACGACCCACUGAUGUUCGACAUGGAUCAGGGUUUUUCGCAGAACUUCACACAGGACCAGGUGGACGAUAUGAACCAACAGCUGAGCCAGACCCGCUCCCAACGUGUCCGGGCUGCCAUGUUUCCCGAGACACUCGAGGAGGGCAUCGAGUUCCCCUCUACCCAAUUUGACCCACAACAGCCGACGGCGGUUCAGCGUUUGUCCGAACCGUCUCAGAUGCUAAAGCAUGCUGUGGUGAAUCUGAUCAAUUAUCAGGACGAUGCGGAUCUGGCCACUCGGGCAAUUCCCGAGUUGAUUAAGUUGUUGAACGACGAAGAUCAGGUCGUGGUCUCCCGAACAGCGAUGAUGGUCCAUCAGUUGUCCAAGAAGGAAGCUUCACGUCACGCCAUUAUGAACAGCCCACAAAUGGUCGCCGCUUUGGUACGAGCUCUGUCCCAAAGUAAUGAUCUUGAAACAACUAAGGGAGCCGUGGGAACGCUGCAUAAUUUAUCACACCACCGUCAAGGUUUGCUGGCAAUUUUCAAAUCAGGUGGCAUUCCUGCCUUGGUGAAGCUUCUGUCCUCACCGGUCGAAUCCGUACUGUUCUACGCCAUCACAACACUUCACAAUCUGCUGCUGCACCAGGACGGUAGCAAAAUGGCGGUCCGUUUGGCCGGUGGCUUGCAGAAGAUGGUUGCUCUGUUGCAGCGUAACAAUGUCAAAUUUCUGGCCAUUGUAACCGAUUGCCUGCAAAUCCUUGCCUACGGCAACCAGGAAAGUAAACUGAUUAUUCUCGCUUCCACUGGACCGAUCGAACUGGUCCGUAUUAUGCGUUCAUACGACUACGAGAAGCUUCUCUGGACGACCUCUCGCGUACUGAAGGUACUGUCCGUGUGCUCUAGCAACAAGCCGGCAAUCGUCGAAGCCGGUGGCAUGCAAGCUUUGGCUAUGCACUUGGGCAACCCAUCACAGCGACUCGUUCAAAAUUGUCUAUGGACACUGCGUAAUCUAUCAGAUGCUGCCACAAAGGUUGACGGAUUGGAAACUCUGUUGUCCGGUCUGGUUACUGUACUCGGUUCGUCCGACGUCAACGUCGUAACAUGUGCCGCUGGUAUCCUGUCCAAUUUGACUUGUAACAACCAGCGCAAUAAGGUUACCGUUUGCCAGGUGGGUGGUGUGGAGGCACUUGUCGGUACCAUCAUCAACGCAGGCGAUCGCGAAGAAAUUACCGAACCAGCCGUCUGCGCACUGCGUCAUCUCACAUCGCGCCAUCCGGAGUCGGAAUCCGCGCAGAACAUCGUACGCAAUGGUUACGGGCUACCGGUGAUCGUUAAGCUGCUCAAUCCGCCUUCCCGCUGGCCGCUGAUCAAGGCCGUUAUCGGGCUGAUUCGUAACUUGGCCCUCUGCCCGUUGAAUGCAGCUCCGCUGCGUGAGAAUGGGGCCAUUCAUCUGCUGGUGCGGUUGCUAUUCAAGGCCUUCCAGGAUACGCAAAGGCAACGGUCAUCGGUUGCCACCAACGGAUCCCAGCCACCGGGUGCGUACGCUGAUGGCGUCCGCAUGGAAGAGAUAGUGGAAGGCACGGUCGGUGCCUUGCACAUCCUCUCGAAGGAGGAUCUCAACCGGCAGCUCAUUCGCCAGCAGAAUGUGAUUCCGAUUUUCGUGCAGCUACUAUUCUACAACGACAUCGAAAAUAUUCAGCGCGUGGCGGCCGGCGUUUUGUGUGAACUAGCAAUCGACAAGGAGGUGGCCGAGAUGAUCGAGGCAGAGGGGGCCACCGCGCCGCUAACCGAAUUGCUCAGCUCGGCCAACGAGGGUGUCGCCACCUAUGCGGCCGCCGUCCUGCUCAAGAUGAGCGAGGACAAAUCGAUGGACUACAAGAAACGAUUCUCCAGCGAGUUGACCACGCUACCGGUAUUCCGCGACGAUAACAGUAUGUGGAACAACGGGGAACUGGGGAUGGGACCGGAUCUGCAGGACAUCCUUUCGCCUGAUCAGGCUUACGAGGGUCUCUACGGACAAGGGCCUCCCAGCGUGCACAGCUCGCACGGUGGUCGUGCAUUCCAGCAAGGAUACGACACACUGCCGAUAGAUUCCAUGCAGGGACUGGAAAUAGGCGGCGGCAACGGCGGAGGUGGCCAGGCAGGAAACAGUGCCGCCAACGGUCCGGGAGGGCCCCCAUCCAAUCAGCCGACAUCGCCGUACGCGAUGGACAUGGACGUCGGCGAAAUGGACGCCGGCGAGCUCACAUUCGAGCAUCUGAAUGUGAUGCCAUCGCCACCGCAGGACAACAAUCAGGUGGCCGCCUGGUACGAUACCGAUUUGUAGGUUGCGGAUCGGCCUCGGCCCACGAAACCGAUGGGAUUUCGGUAUUUUUAUAUUUGCUUUUAGUGAUACACAAACAUACGUUUUUAAUCCACAAACACAUUGUGCUUCCGAAAAAUUUUCGCGAGAAAGAUUCACUACGUUGAAAAGGCAGCUUUUACUAUGAAUGUUUUGUUCUCUUUAGGAUCUUUUUCAAGCAAAAAUCAUCAAAAUAAGGCCCUGCAGGCAAAGAAAGCCAUUUACACGGGCAGCUUUAGUUUUAAAUAUUUACUUUUAUCUAUAUCUCAAACUGAAGAUAAACGAAACACGACACCGAUCAAGCUAAAACAUGCGAUUUUAAUUAUUUCGUAGAAGUGAAAAAAAAAACAUCACCACGGUAUCGUUAAUUAGUAACAGAUGUUGACUACUGCAUUUUGCGAACAGCCGCUCCAAGCAUGGGAGCUCAUUUGAACGGGACGAAUUACAAAAACGACAAGAAACGCGACACAAUGGCUUCAUACAGAAGGGAAGCACUAAUCAGAAAAUCUUAAGGCAACUUACUAAAUAUUUAACGAAACAUAGUACAUAUAAAUGUUAUGCUACUACAGUGGAAAGAAGGAGAAGAAAAAUCUAAAACCUAGACAAAAGCGAGGGCGGCAUCUUACACUUAGCCCAUUGCAUUCGGAUCAACACAUUAGUAGAAAAAGUCAGCAAUUCCAUAACAGGAUGAAAAUCCUCUCAGAACGAAUUCGCCACAGUCGACCGACUGAAUCUGUGGUUGGCAGCCUCUCUCGAUCGUUCCAUGGUGGUUGAGUUGAUGAAGGUAAACGAUAGAGUAGAAUUGUGUUUCACCACACUUUUUUUGGUUAUCAUAAAGCUGACCCUCUUGAUUGAGACGUGUCCUCUGCUUAGUUCAAUUUGCCCAAAAACUCGGUUCUUUUCAGUUAUUUUUUUAACCCGGAUGGAUUGAAGCAUUUGAUCCUUCUUUUUGAUACAAUAAUUUACAUGUAUUUAAUAAGCGAAGCAAAAAUGAAGUAUAAUUAAUUAUUAAAAUUAUAUAUUAUAUAUUACACGAAUGCAACAGAACCUUCCUCUCAGUAUAUAAGAAAAUGCAAGGAGAAAAAUAUAUUAAAGCUAUACAAA